AAUAUUUAAAUUCUCAAUUUGUUUUACUUGAACCAUAAGUUUUUUUGUAUGGUUAUGGAGUUUUCUACGUGACACGCAGCAGGGAUGAGGUUAACUGUAAACUGAGUGAAAGCAAACGGCAAAGGAAGGAUCAAAGGAAUUUAAAUAUGGUGUUUUAAAAGUAUCAAAGCUCUACGACAUGGUUUAAAUCCAGAAUGAUAUCAAUGUGCUCGUGAAAAAAAUCUUUAAAAAAACAAAAAAGGCGGGGAAAAAAGCGCGAUGAUGACCGUGCACAAUAAAGAGGAAGCGGAUGUGUUGAGAGCAAAGGGGAAAGGAAGUGGGUGAUGGUGAGGAGGGUAGGAAGGAGGAGUCGGGGAUCACCUGUGACACUCGUCCUCCUUACAAGCUCACACAGAUAUAGAUGCAGUACAAAUAUAUUAUUGUUAAAUACAUAUACAUGAAUGUACUUUCCCUCAUAUAGCCAUUGCAGGUCGUAACUAUACGUUGUUUUACAUCUGCUGAGCUCACGAACAUAAACAAUUGGAGAAUAUUGUGUAUAAUAUAUGUUUAAAAUGUACACGCUGUUUAAAAAGACACAUGCACUGCCAUGUGAUUAGUUCGACACACAUACACACAUGCACACACACACACACACAACCACGGAGGCAUUACCAGGAAAUAGAGUUUAUCCUGGACAGCAUCCUGGACCACGCCCAGUAUCACAGUCGUCAUCACCACGAUAUUAUAAAAAUAAUAAAAUAAUACUUUGGACAUGGAAAUCAGAUUCCUGUGGUUACGUUCCUUUGCCUUUUAUUUUUUUCAAGUUACAAGAGUAAAAGUAACUUUGAAAAAAAGAUUGAUGAUGCGUGCAGAUAAUGGGAAGAAACACUAUUCAAUAAAAAGCUGAUCAAUCUUGUUGAACCUCACAUGUGCCAUGAUUUGGAGGAAAUGUAAACCGACCCUUGUUGAAACAUCUAUUAAUAGAUGUUGACUUGUAGUUUUAAUGCACUAUAUGUGCCUAUAUGAAAGGGUUCUGUAUACAUUUUCAUUUAAAUACUUCAUUUGAAUUGUUUUCUCUCUAGAAUAUAUAAUCGCAAUACGAUGAUUACUCUAUUACCAAUUAUUCAUAUAUUUACGUAUGUACUGUAUGGAUAUACAUAUAAAAAAAGCACUAAUUUUUUCUUUUAAUAUAUAAUUAAUAAACACAUUGAGUAUUAUGCAAAUAAUAAAAGAGUGUGAGUAAGCAUCAUCGAAGGUCAAGUCUCUUAUCAGUAAAACGCUGCUGCUGCUUGUAUGGAAAACAUGUCAGAAUGCUGGAUAACCUAUCUGCAUGUGUAAGCAUGUGCAUGUGUGUGUGUGUGUGUGUGUGUGUGUAUAAGUGUGUGUGUGUAAGUGUGUGUGUGUACUAACAUCAGUCCCCCAUUGUGUUGGGGACAGUAUCGUGAGAGCAACUAAAGGGUCAGCUGCACAUCACAUCAAAGAUUUGGUUGUUUGUAAAAGACCCCACUGUUAACACACCCACAAGCACACACACACAAACACACACACAAACACACACACACACAAAUACAAAGUCCCAUCUGAGAGCCGCUGCAGCUCUGUACGCUCAGCUAUGACAGGCGUGGCCUUUCUAGGUCCCAGUGGGCUAAAAAAAAAGACAAAAGACCCUCAGGAAGAGGUUGUCCCAUCAUCCUCACUGAGGAUGCAGGUCUCUCCCUUACACAUACACACACACAUGCACACGCACACACACACAGGUAUAAUGCAUGCGCAACCAUGGUUGAUACAGUUUCAUCACUAUUUGUCUUUUUGAUGUGAUUUCCAUAAAAAGGAGGAUAAAGCUUUGUGUUUCAACCUCAGGUUACUGAUUCACAUCUCACACAUACUCUCCUUCAAGCUCCUCUUAAGAUAUUUAAGACACACUUGCUUUUUGAAAGAGUUCACUCCACGGGUGACGAGACCUUUAAAAAAAAUAAAAAAAUCAGAUAUACAUGUGCUCCAUUUUAAGUUUAAGAUAUUUUGGGGCAUUUUUACUUUUAUGUGUAAGCCUGGCCAAUUACUCUUGUUGCUGUGUCAUUAUAAUAAUAAUUCUAUUAAUAAUUCUAUUUUAUUAAUAAUUAUAUAUUUAUAUAUUUUUAAAAAAUCUUAAUAUUUUUUUAAAGUUGAAAUAAUUAUAUAUUAUUCUGUUUUGAAAUUGCAAGAAAAUAAAUAAAUAAAUCGGAACCUAAAUCAAAACAUUGCACAAUGGCGCCCUCCGGUGGCGUAUCGUUGUAACUGCAUUUUGUUUGAUAUAUCAUUAAAGGGGAAAUGUCGACAAUAAACUUAAACCUACAAAACAAAUAAAUGAACAUACAACCCCGCUGUAGUUAAAAAAACUAACUCAACUAAACUGUGAUUCCGAGUUCAUUAUUUACCUUCAGUCGCAUGGUGGCGCUAAAUAUUUCUUUGCAUACCUUUUUUUUUACGACACCGGGCCUCACGCGAGCCUCUUCCGGGUGUCGUCGUCGUUGACUACCGAGGGGGGGUGAGAGUUCAGAGUGCGUGCGGCGGUCGUGUUGUUGCCUUCCACUCAGAGGGGUGCACAUUUAGCACAUUUAGCUCGGAAUGCGAUGUCUUUCUUCCGUGUAUUCGUGAGGAGGCAGUUGCCGCCGGCCGUGUGGCACUUCGCCCGGGCGGUGACGCUGCUCCGGCCCCCCGCCGCGGCCCCGCUGAGGAGGAGGCUGCACGGCUCGUCCCGGCUGCGGCUCGGGGAGCAGGGACCGUGGGGGAAGAUCCGCGGGGAGCACCCGCUGCAGCAGCCGCUCACGGACCUCGACAAGGCGGACGCUUUGAUGCUGAGAAAGUCCCACGAGACAGGGUUCCUCUCGUGGUUCCGGAACGGUCUGCUGGCGACCGGCAUCGGAGUCAUCGCGUUCGUCCAGAGCGAAGUGGGACUUGAAGCGGGAUACGCCUUCUUCAUCCUGGGCGGCGUGUGCGUGUCGUUCGGCGGCGCCUCGUACGUCGCCAGCCUCUUCGCCCUGCGGAGGCUGAUGCUGCUGUCGGUGCCGGCGCUGCUGCUGCAGGGCGCCGCGGUGAUCGCCGUCGCCCUCCUGUGGCUCUGCGCGGUAUCGCUGUACGUCGGCCGCCUGGAGGUGGAGAUCAUCCGCCAGGGGGAGGAGCUCGACGAGGAGGCGGACGACGACGGCGAGGAGUGCCGGGAGUGCCGCGACAGGCGUGAACACCGCGGCCGCCAUCACGGCAGGGACGACGGGGGCGGCAAGCGGCCGAACAAGUAGACGGAGAGGGCGUGUGUGUGUGUGUGUGUGUGUGUGGCUUUGAUUCAGGGGGUGUGUGUGUGUGCAAGCGUUCUACAUACUCGUAUGUAGGCUGAUUCAGACUUAUUCACCGUUACAUCGAUGGAGAGAUGAUUUGUCGAGGUGAACAAACCCUUUCAGACCUUUUUGGAGAAUAUCGUUCUUUUUUUUUAGUACGAUUUAUUAUAAUUAUAUAAAAAUAUUCAACGCUGCUUCACGUGCAUUAUCAAUCCGUCUCGACCUGUUCUUCGCGUUGUCGGGCCCAGUGCAAAGAUUCACUGAGAUCACCACAUCUGUUCCUCUAAGUUCAGUUUGCACUUCCUUGUAUAAAGUUCUCACUCCGCUGGUUUCAUCAUUUACUCUCACUACUUGAAUCUUUUAUACAAGUCUUGAAAUUCAACAAGCUAGUUUGAGAUCGAGUAAUACUAUGCAUGUCCAGGGCUGUUUUUUUAUCAAUGAGGGCUUAGGAUGUUUUUGUUUUAAUUGGGUUUCUUUUACUGUUUUUUUUUUCUUCAUAUAUAAUUAUUUUUUAAAGUUAUUGUAGUGAUUAGAUUUUUUUUUUUUUUAAAGAAAGUAUUUUUCAUAUAUUUGUUUAUGUACAGUACCUACAUGUGACCAUACAACCAUCUCACUAUGAUUUAAUGGAUGGGUUAAGUUGAUGCUAGAGUUAGUCUGUAGACGGGUUCACAUUCGUUUCUCUUCUGUACAUAAAAUAAUAAAAGCGAUAAUAAAUCUAUGCUGGUUUAAACUUCA